AUGGAUGACCUUGUUGACUUCAUUCAGUCAUCUGAAACAGCUUCAGAGCAUUGUGAGUUGCCUUACUCUAAGAAUUUCAUGUUGCUGAUUGAACAACUUGGCAUGGAUUGUAAAGAUUAUGCUGGCUUCUUGAAAAUCCGAGAUAUAUGUGUUUCUUAUGAGAAAUUAAGGAAACUUAACAAAAAUCACUGUAAACUUCUUAUGGGAAAAAUGACAGAAAUGGACAAAGUGGUUAGUGCACUACAAAACGAGCUACGAGAAGCCAAAGACAUGAUAUCACGGUUAGAACAUCAAAAAGUGGAAUGGGAACGUGAAUUCUGCAGUUUGAGAUGUACCUUAAAACAAGAAGAAGAAGAAGAAAGAAGAAAUGCUGAUAUGUUAUAUGAAAAUAUUAGGGAAAAGUUAAGAAGAAAAGAAGACGAAUAUAAGAAAGAAGUUGAAACAAAACAACAAGUUGAACUCGCUCUUAGAACGCUAAACAUGGAAUUGAAGGCCACCAAAAAUCAGGUUGUAGAAGAGCGCAGUGACACUCAGUGGCAACUUUCUCCAGAUCAGAAGGCCAGAGUCUUACCAGAUGGAAGUCUAAACAAUCAUCUUUACAAGCAAAAGGAGCUAGAAAUGGCUCAUAAGAAAACUAGUUCUAAGCUUUCUGAUAAUCAGGAGAAAACACAAGAUCGGUUACAUAAAAACCACAUGUUGCAGGAUGAAAUUGUCGUGCUAAGACUGGAAAGAGACACCAUAAAAAAAUCAGAACUAGGCAGGGAGAUAAUACCUUUUGUGUCUUUAACUGAAUUCAGUGAACAGGAAUGUGUAUGUGUUACAAAAAGACGGUGA